UAAAAACUAAAAACUGUUAAAUUCUUUAGGAAGAAAUAUUAUUUUUUCAAAAUAAAAACAUUAAAAAAUGGCCCGGCAUCUCAGUCGAGAAAUUGCAGACGGAGUUAAGGACCUAAUAAUUCAAGUAACUGGAUUUGAGGACAAUUCAGAAGCUUUUAAUGUGGUACAAAAAUACUUUCACGAAAAGCUUAGGAAAUCUGAUACAAUGUAUUUUCUUAAUAAAACUGAAGUUGAUAGGAGUAUUGAAGGAAUGGCAGAAAAAUACAAUUUUCAUGGUUUCUUUGCCCAAUCAAAAGCUUUACUUGAAUCUUAUAAUGAAUAUAUCACACAGCAUGUGUCCAAGGCACAGCUAACAGCUCAACUUAAUGUUGUUAAGUUUUUGCUUUGUAUGUCUGAGAAACCUACUGUAAAGUUUUUAGAAAAUCCAGAAAAAUUUGAAGUGAAAGUAGAACCAGAACAGGAAGAAAUUAAUUGGGGUGAAUAUUUAAAAGAAGGCAUUGAAAAUUAUAUUCCAAGAUUUGAUGAAAGUACAGAUGCUUCUGAUGUAUCUUCAGUUACUGAUGAUAGAGAUAUUCCAGAUUGUUUUGAAGUACCUACAACAUCCUCAGCUGUGGUUAUUCCUAGAUGUGAAACAGAUGUCGUAUUGAAUUUUAGAGCAAACAGAGAAGAACUGUUGAAUACAGUUCAGCAUACAUGGUACAAUGAAAAUAUAUUUUUUAAUAUUCCAUUUAGUAAGCGAAGAGAAGCAAACAUUGGAAUUCUCUGGGAACAUUUUCUAGAAAAGCAAGCAAUGAAUUUAGUUGUUAUGAAUAAAUCCAAUGUAAUAUCAGAAUAUAAAGUUAUCAGAGAAAUUUUGUGGCAAUUGUGGGAGCCACACACUUCUUCAGUUUUUUAUUUUGAAGAAAAACUUCUAAAGCCUAGGAACAAUAUUACUAUAUCCAGUGUGAGAUCUGCUAGUUUUGAAAAUUUUGUUGAGAAUCAAAUAAUGCCGUACAUACAACUGCUAGAUUUUUUUAGAGACUUUGAAAAAGAAUUGUCCAUCCAUAGUGAGGAAACUAUUAUGUUAAUUCCACAAACAUACAGAAGCUACAACAGUUCACUUCAACGUUUAAUUAGGCCAGUGUAUUUGAAAUUAUCACAAUUGGAAGAUACUAUAAGAGAACAAGAAUCAACGUAUACUCUACUUAAUCUCUCCCAAGAUCUUCAAGAAAUUCUCGAACCAGUAAUCUUAUUGAAAAAACUACAUGAUACUGUAAUUAUUAGGUUUUCGGAAAACAGUAACAUCAUAUGUGCUACUACACUUUUAGCACGUCUUCACAACAGUUUACAGCAUUCUGUUAAUAAGUUGGACCAAAAUCUGAGAGUAACUUUGUAUAUAGAAAGUUUAUACCAUUAUUUUACUGUGAUACAUUCGUGGUUUAUGAAAAAUGAUCUCAGUGAUUAUUCUGAUGAAUUUAUAAUAACAAAGGUUACUGGUACUGAUUAUUUUAAACUAAAUCCAGAAAUCUCAACCGGUGCGGGGAAAGUGUGCAGAGAAGAUGGAAUAUUGAACAUAAUCAGCACGACCGUUUUACAGAUAGGCAAAAAUCUUCAUUUGAUUCGAUUACUGGAGGAUUUUUCUCUAUUAAACGAAAACACGGAAACAAUUUAUGAAGAAUUUGUUAGAAGAAGCUUAGAGGAAUUGUGCAGCUUCUUUGAUAGUGACUUGAUGCCUGAAGAUACAUGUGAAACGGACAAAGAAUUUAAAGAAGGAGAAAUAUCUUACAAAUUUCCUGUUAUAUGGUCUGAUGAUAUUUCUCAACCCACGGAAAUGGAUAAACUAGAAAAUUUAGUUGAUACAUCUGAUGGUUUUCUAAUGUUAGCUUUUGAAGAUUAUUUUAAGUCUGAGGAAACUCAGCAAAAAAGUGAGGAAAUGACUCUUUAUGAAAAGAUAUCCAAGACUACUAAAACUUUCUUCCCAGUAACAAAUUUCUUUGAAAAAAUACUAAAUACAAUUCUCAGAGAACAUUUUACAAUAUCUGGAUUAAAAGUGAAGAAAAUUCUGAUCGAACAGCAUCAUCUCGAAAAACAGUUUCAGUUUCUUCGACAUAUUUUUUUGUUUUUUGACAAUUUAAUUUUUCCAUUCUACAGACGGUUUUUUAUUAAGGUUUAUGCUCAAAGUAAAAACUGGGGAAACGACAUAUGGCUUACUUCUCAUCUUCAAGACAUAAUUAUGGAUAUUUACCCGGAUUUUUAUGAAAAUUGUUGCGUUCAGGUCAAUAAAAAUUGGAAAGCUUGCAAUGACGCACUCGAGGCUUGCAAUAUGAUCAGCGUUAACAUAGAAAUCCCGUGGCCAUUAAAUAUCAUUAUCAGUUCAUCUCAAAUGACGAUAUACAAGGAUAUAUUUCACUUUAUUCUGAAGAUUAAAUGGGGACUCUAUACACUGAACCAUCUAUCUUUUACCGAUUUGGAACCAAAGAAAGAGAGGAAUAAAACCAAAUUCACUACAAAGUGUAGUAACAAAUCCACUAUUAUGAGGUUGAAGUAUUUGCGGUUUGCGUUGAUCAAUUUGUUAAACAGAGUGCAUCAUUACAUAUUUUCAUUUAUUUUUGCCAAAUGUUUGCACAAAUUCGAACUGGAUUUUGAAUCUGCGAAUGAUUUGUCUUCCAUUAUAUCGUCCCAUGCUGAAUUUAUUAAUAACGCAAACAUUUUGAUUGGCCAAAUUAGAGAAAAUGGAGUAAAAGAUACGUCGUUUGAUAGUGUUGCGAAUUGCAUAAAAACAUUGAAAUACAUGUGGGAGAACGUGUCGUAUGCCACACCUGAAAGAUUAAAUGAUAUGAAUGAAAGUUAUAAACGUUCUUAUGAUAUAAUUAAUCCAAUAAUAUCACCAGUAUUUGUUUUUGAUUAUUAAAUUCUCAGUUUUAAGACUACUAAAACAGAGCUUCCCAGUUUUAU